UCAUGACAAAACACAAUGUUAAAUCAAAAAGACAACAGUCGAAUGUACAUUGAAGGUGAGACCGCCGGAAAGCAUCCAAUCGAUGGGCUAAACACUUUAAAUAAUCGGAUCAACGGUCGGAAUUACAAUGAUGGUGAAGACAUUUCCAAAUCGUCUCUGGUAUCCGAUGAAUUGAACACACUGAAGACGGAUUUGUAUAAUGCAACCAAAUCAUUGGAAAAAUCUUUAUCGAUGGCAGAAGGCCUGAAGGAAUCUCUUCGAAAUGUGGCUGUAGAUAAGCAAAUAUUGGCUAUGCGAUUGCACGAAACUCAGACGGCCUACGAAAAGCUGAGACGACAUGCAAUGGAACAACGUAAAUGUUUCAGGAAUAAAACGAAUCAGAUGCAGUACGAAAUUGAUGAGGUCAAAAAUUCGUUGGCUGCAACUAAGAUGGAAUUCUUCAACACAAACGCUGAGCUUCGCCGUAAUCUGAGAAGCACCAUUAAGACCACGAACCGUUUAAGCUUAAUGUUUCUUCGCAUGAAAGAGACCAAAAAUCGUGUGGAAAGCAAAAAGACUUUAUACGAACGAAUCUCCAACGAUUUGAGCGGUUCAAUCAAAGAGCAAGCAAACAUCAUCAAAGAGAUGGCAAAAAAGUGUGACAAAAGCAGGAAAACCCAUUCCAAUAUUCAACUGCUCAACCGUGUCGGUCAAUUGUUAAGCGAAGUGGCAAAUUUGCGUUUAAAACUAGCCGCCGAAAUUAUUGCAAAGCAAAAACAAUCGAAGAAAAUUACGGACAAACUGAUCGAUCGCGUUGCAUCGAAACUGGCCAAAGAGCGGUACGAGAACGAUCACUUUGAACAUACUGUUAAUUCCGACAAUUCCAUAAAUUCGUCAAUCGAUCUGGACGAUUCGGAAGUGACAAUAUUCCAACAAAAUUGCAAAUUGAAACGUUCCAAUUCAUUUUAAUUUC